CCCCCGGAGCCGCCCGCCCUCAUCUCGAGAAGAGAAAUCCGAACUCAUGAAGGUGGACCGGGCGGCCGAGCGAGGGGGCGCCGCCGCCGCCGCCGCCGACGCCGACGCCGACGCCGACGCCGCCAUGUGCAAGACGAUCGAGGUGGCCGUCUCCUCGCCCCCGGCGGGGGCGGGGGCGGGGGAGGAGCUCCACUUCACGCCCCCGCUCAACUUCGCGAUGGUAGACAAUGGCAUCUUCCGCUCCGGCUUCCCCGACUCCGCCAACUUCUCCUUCCUCCAAACCCUAGGCCUCCGCUCCAUCAUAUGCUUGUGCCCGGAGCCUUAUCCGGAGGCGAACAUGGAGUUCCUCAAGUCCAACGGGAUCAAGCUUUUCCAAUUCGGAAUCGAGGGAUAUAAGGAACCUUUUGUAUAUAUUCCAGAGGAGACAGUUCGUGAGGCAUUGAAGGUUCUACUUGAUGUAAGGAACCAUCCUGUUCUAAUUCACUGUAAGAGAGGAAAGCACCGCACGGGCUGUCUGGUGGGCUGCUUGAGGAAAUUGCAGAGAUGGUGCCUUUCAUCCAUAUUCGACGAGUAUCAGCGAUUCGCAGCAGCGAAAGCAAGAGUAUCAGAUCAAAGGUUCAUGGAGUUAUUUGAUAUUUCUAGCUUGAAGAAUGCACCAUUGACAUUUUCAUUCUCAAAGAGGAUCUGCUCGCAGUAUUAAGCAGAUAUUUUGCUUUCCAGCGGUGGACGCAGAUCGAUCGUCUUGCUUUAAAAUUAGUAGGAAAGGGUUGAUGAGUUUCCUGACUGCUUUGCCGCGGCUAAGGAAUAGUGCUUAUUUGUUUUUCCUCUCGUGCAGCUAUUAAUAAGAAGGACAGAGACUUCUAUGGGGGGCUCUUCGGAUUCGUUCAUCGGUCCUCUAGUUCAUUUAAUUAGCAAGAAGAAUAAGGUGCCAAUUCGCGUAAAACGUGUGUAUGAACCGACGGCCAAAAUUACCGCGUCUGCUUUCUGUCGUCAGCUGUUUUUCGCCCAUUGUUAUAUUAGAGGCCUGGCAGCUGGGAAGUGGAGCACUUUUUUAGUGUUAGGAUUUUGGUCAAAUGAAUUUUGCGGGUUGUAAAGUUACUGGGAUCACACAUGUCUAGGCGCAAUUUGAGGGGAAUCUCCUUUUGCGAAUGUAAUUUUCCCAAGUGCUUCAGCAAUAUGUUGAAAUGACAAUUCGUAAUUAUACU